AUGCUUCAUCUGAUCGACUUUUUUCUCCCAUUUGACACCCCAUUGAGUGUUCGGAAACAAUUGAUGGAUCGGAUAGAUGAGGGAAUCUCGGCAUUGGAUUUCUAUGGAGAUGAAAGUGUUGAGGAGACGAAAGAAUUAAACUCACAACCGUUAAACCUUGCCGUUCAAUGUCACCUCGCUGGAUUUUUGGCCAAAAUUUUGAUCGGAUUUCUUCCAGAUAGGAUUCGAGAUCGAAGUAAUCUGAUCAAAGAUGUAAUGUGGAUAACAUGGAUGUCAAAGUUGAGAAAUUCCUUA